GUCAGGCGGGCGCCGAUUGUGAGCACACGCCGCGCACGGCUCCCGGCGACAUUAGUUUCGCGUAAACACACGUGGCGAGGUUAAUGGGAGCCGCGAGUAGGUGGGGCCGCUGACUGAGGAGGCGUUCGGCCAUCGCGCUCGCUCGCCCCCCCGCGUUUUUUUGCCUCUCGGCUGGGCGGCGCACGCCUCGGCCGCACCAUGUCCGCGCCGCUACACCACCUCCGCUCGCCGCCAACUCUAUACAAACUGCCUACACCGAUCACCGAACGAUAAAUUUAAUUGACCGACCGUGUGCAUGUUAAAAUGCGCAAAAAGUGGCGGAACAGACUAACCAGCCGCAACUGGUCGACGGUUUCGCGAUUAAACGAAACGAUUUCGAAAUUCGUCGCGUAAAGCAAAAACUGCCGGUUAACGGUGCACGCUCAGUUUUGUGACAGAUUCUCGCGUUUCCGCACGUUGACGCUUCAUUAUUGUGGCAUUCGGUCACUUGCUAACGAGUUUUUGCCGGAGAAAAAAAUUGGCCUCGAAGGAGUUAUCGCGCGGUUUUAAUUGACAUUUGAGCGACAAUACCGCGCGACAAAUGUCCCAGCCGGGACGGAUGCAAUUACGCGCUUUUAAUUUACGAAAAUUGGAGUAAAGUAAAAAAAAAACUGUCUGGUUUUUGUGUCGUCACCGGUUUCCCGUCACGUUGCAGUUUUCGCGGUAGAAAGCUGUGUCAACCGGAAACGAUGAGCUCGAGAAAAAAAGCCAUAGUGUUGCCAACAUGAAGAAACAACAGCGGUGCAGGGACGGCUACUGCAGAAUGCAACAAACAUUUCCCGCUACAGUUAUCUUGGUGUUCAGUUUAUUUUUCUCUGCGAGCGGCCACGACAACACGAUGCCUUCCCUCCACCUGAACUCCAUGCUGACGUGUCGUCUCGUGGGCGGGCUGACCAGGGAGCAGAGAGCCGUGUGCCACGAGGCGCCCGACGCCGCCGCCAUAGCCUUCGAGGGUCUAGAUCUAGCGGUCAGGGAGUGCCAGCACCAGUUCCGCUGGCAUCGAUGGAACUGCUCCAGUCUGCUGGGGAAGAGCAGCAAUCCGCAUGCUAGUGGGAUUAUGAAACGAGGUUUCCGCGAGACGGCGUUCCUCUACGCGCUGGCGUCGGCCGGCGUGGCGCACGCGGUGGCGCGAGCGUGCGCGCAGGGCCGCCUGCUGUCGUGCGGCUGCGACCUGCUGGGGUACCGGACCUCGCAGGAUACUAGGGGGAAGGUGCGUCCCAACAAGUGGGAGUGGAGCGGCUGCUCGCACAACCUGGCGUUCGGGCUGGCGUUCUCCCACCGCUUCCUGGACGCGCGCGAGGCAGCCGACGACCUGCAGUCGAAGAUCAACGUGCAUAAUAACCAAGCUGGGAGGGCGAUCCUUGCGUCGCACAUGGAGGUCCGCUGCAAGUGCCACGGGCUGUCCGGCAGCUGCCAGGUCCGCACGUGCUGGCGCGCCACGCCCGACUUCCGAGUGGUGGCGUCGACUAUCAAGCGGAGGUAUCGGAAUGCGCUAAUAGUGGCGCAAGAGGAGCUGAACAACGGUCUGUCGGUGCUGCGCGGGCGGCCGCGCGGGCGCAGGCGCAGCAAGGCAAGGCCUGCAUCGAAGACCAGCUUGCUGUUUCUGGAGAAAUCCCCAAGCUUCUGCGACGCGGACCCUCGCGCCGACUCCCCGGGCACGUCGGGCCGCGUCUGCCGCACGGGCCGCGCCUCCCGCGCCGGCGCCUGCGCGACUCUGUGCUGCGGCCGCGGCCACGCGCUGCUGCGCCGCUCGAGUCUCAAGCCAUGCAACUGCACGUUCCACUGGUGCUGUAGGGUGGACUGUGACAGGUGCCGGGAUGAUAAGUGGGUCGCUGUUUGUAAGUAACUGCCAGUUUCUAUACUCUAUCUACCGAUAGCUGACAGUUAUAGUAACAUACGAUUUUGA